GAUAUAUCGAUGUAAAUAUUCGAUGGUUUGAAAUCACAUUGAGACGAAAACAAAAAAAAACAUUGCAAAAAAAAAAUUAAUAAAUAAUGGCAAAAUCUGAAACAACAACCGGAAAAUUAAUCUAUGAAGCACCUGAACAGAUGAUACGUAUGAUCAAAAUGAUUAAACGAUUAUCAAUAUCGACAACAUUAAUAUCGGCCGGUGUACAACCAAUUUUAUAUCCAAAAUUAAUUGCAUCUGGAUCAUCGUUAACAAUGGGUUUUGCAACAAUUACCUGUGCCGGUAUAUUCAUAUCACCAUUAAUAUUGAAUUGGUUUACAAAAAGAUAUGUAACAAAAUUAUAUUAUGAUGAUCAAAAUGAUCAAUUUGUUGCAAAACAUUUAAAUCUACUUAAUCGUGAUGUACAAUUGAAAUAUAAAUCUAAUCAAGUUCAAAUACCAGAAAUGUUGGGCAUUUUUACUACAUAUACAGUUGGUCAGAAAAAACAGCCAUUAUUUGUUGAUUCAAAUUUAGUAAUCGAUAUGAAACUCUAUAAACAAAUGCUUGGAUAUGAUCUACCGAUUGAUUUGAGGCCGGAAAGUGUUUUUCAAAAAAAACCACAACAACAACAACAACAAAGUAAAAAUGAUAGUAAAAAACAUUGAUCAUUUUGUUUAUUACAAUUAUUAUUUUUUUUCUUGUAUUCAAAUCAUA